CAAGGCCCUCGUUUAUUCGAGUUAUGAAGAAGUUAAUCAAGAGACAUAAGCCAACUAUCGUGGCUUUGCUAGAGACAAGAGUGCUGGCUUCCCAUGCAGCUGGUAUUGUCGGUCGUUUGGGUUUUUCAAAGUCUAUUGUGAUUGACCCUGAGGGUUUUUCUGGGGGUAUGUGUUUGUUAUGGGAUCCGGAGGAGGUGGAUAUUCAGGAUACUAAGGAAUCUAGGUGGGUUAUUCAUGCUGUGGUCACUGCGAAAUUUAAGAGCCCCUGGAUUUUAUCUUCUAUUUAUGGGAGCACCAACAAGGUCACUAGGAAGAGGAUUUGGGAUGAGUUAGAAGCCAUUGCCGAGUUUGGUAAAACAGGUCAUAUGGUUAUGGGUGACUUAAACACGAUUGGAGCUAGAAAUGAGAAAGCUGGUGGCAAGGAACCUUCAGCUAAUCAGUUGCAGGAGCUCAAAGAUGUCAUGGACCAAUGUGGAUUGAUUGAUUUGGGGGCAAAUGGACCAAAAUUUACUUGGAAUAAUAAGCGUCCUGGGCUAGCUAACAUCAAGGAAAGGUUGGACCAUGUGUUAGCUAAUGAGGAAUGGUGCAAAAGCUUCAAAAAUGCACAGGGCUUUACUGUAGCUAGGGGAGCCCCUAUGAUUACUCACUCUCUCUAUGAAGAUGACAACAUUAUCUUCCUCAAGGCAAAUUAUAAAAAUGCUUGUAAUUUGAGAUAUAUUCUUGACAAGUUUAGCAAAUGGUCUGGUCAGGUUGUUAGCGAUGCUAAGUCAACUUUACUGACUUCGAAUAAUCUGGGUAGGAGCUUCACCAUGAGUAUGGCUAAGGCACUUAGAGUGCAGGUUGCUGAAACUCCAGGUAAGUACUUAGGUAUUCCUUUACAAUGGGGUAGAGUUUCUGAGAAAACCUUUGCUGAUUUGCUAGAAAAACUUAGUAAUAAGAUGGUUGGGUGGAAGUCCAAAUCUUUGAAUAUUGCUGGUAGAACUAUUCUUAUUAAAUCUGUUCUUGAUACAGUUUCUAAUCAUGUUAUGUCUAUGCUAAAGUUUCCUAAAGGUUUAGUCAAUAAGAUUGAUAAAUUUAGGAGGGACUUUUUGUGGGGAGGAGAUAAAGACUCUAGGAAGAUGCAUAACAUAAAUUGGUUAACUGUGUGCAGUCCUGUAGUAAAUGGUGGUUUAGGUGUAAGAGAUUUGGAUUUUGACAAUAUGGCUUUGCUAGCAAAGAUGGCAUGGAGGGUUAGUAAGAACCCUGAAUCUGAGGUGGCUAGCCUUUUAAAGGCUAAAUACAUCAAGGAUAGUGAUUUCUGGUCUAGUAAGUCUAAAAAUGGUUGUACUACCUGUUGGAGAAGUCUAGUCAAAGGAAAAGAUAUUAUAAAGGGUAGUCUUCGAUGGUGCAUAUGUGAUGGGAGUCAGGUUGAUUUCUGGAGAGAUACUUGGAUCGAUGAACUUCCUUUGUCUGCUUUAAACAAUAUGGAAGGUAUUAGUUUGCCUGAUAUUUCGGUGAAAGAUGUCAUUAAAUCGAGUACGAGGCAAUGAGAUCUUUCUGUUGUUGAUAGAUUUAUUUCUGAUGAGGUGAAGAAUAAAAUAAUUUCUAUCCCGAUCCCUAUUAGUGAUGAUAGGAUUGAUAGUAGAGUCUGGAUAAAUGGGAAAAUGGUAAGGUAAGUGUUAAAGAGGCUUUUAACUUCUUAAUUUCCAGGAAAGUCGGCAUGGUUAAUACCAAUACUCACUGGAAAUUUCUGUGGACCAUUAAAUGCCCACAAAAAUUUAAAUUCUUUUUGUGGAAGCUUUGCCACAACAAACUUAAUCUGAAUGAAUCUCUUUACAGGAAAUGUAUAAGCUCAUCCCCUGGUUGCACUUCAUGUCGUAGAGACUUUGAAACUAUUUAUGUUUCUCAAUUGUUCUGCAGUUUCUCCUAUAUGGAAAAAGUUAUAUGAUAUGACAGGGCUGAGGUUUGAUUUGGAUGUAAUGCCACCUACUUUCUUAAAACAAUUACUUUCUUUAAAUGGUACUGUUGGAAAUGUUAGGUGGGAUUAUAUUGUUCCCCAUAUGUUGUGGUGCAUAUGGAACAGUAUAAACAGGUUGAUUCACGAAGAAGAAAGGUUUGUUGCCUUAAAGCUUCUUGCCUUGGCCAUUAGAAAAGCAAGGGAGUUUUAUUUAACUGUCGUACAUAAGGAAGAGAGACCUAACCAUAUGCAUGAAAUUUUAGUUAAAUGGCAGGCCCCUAAGACAUGUUAUUUCAAAUUGAAUACAGAUGGCGCUUCUUCUGAUUCUCGCUUUGCAGGAAUCAGUGGGGUGGUUAGAAAUGAUGCUGGUACUUUUGUGGCAGGAUUUGCAAAACACGUUUACCAGAAUGGAAGCAAUGUGGCUGAAGUAUGGGCUGCUAGAGAUGGU